ACAUGGACGGAAAAUUUUGGAUUGGAAUAAUGAAAAUUUCGCGUGAAUUGCCAUCUGAUUUUGACACGUGUAAAAGGAUAGCUUAGGUGGCAUGAUCAUUGAGUAGUGGAGCAGGCUGCGUCGACUUUCUGGCACUCAGAGCUUGCCUGCAACCAUUCUGGUUCUGGAAAAGGUACGUUCCGAUUGUCUUUCUCUUCUCCGGUGCCGUCAGGAAGUGAAGCAAGAGACGGCAGGGAUGGGUGGUGAUGCGAUCAGCCCUUCUAGUACCACUUCUGAAGGAUCAUCCUCAGAGGGCCAAGGUUUUCAUAAUUCAUCAUGGGCUGGUUUCAGUGAGAAAGCCGAGGAUGGAAAUAGCGAAGGGGAUUAUGAGGUGGUUUCUGGAUUACUCGACCUACCUGAGGAUGGAUAUAGCAAAGGGGAUUAUGAGGUGGUUUCUGGAGAACUCGACCAAGUGGGUUCUCGAUUUUCUUCUUCCUCUUCUCUGGAUUUUGAGGCUGAUCAAAGGAGGAAACGCAGAGUUUACAAAGAGGUCUUGCAGAGUUAUGCUCAACUGCGGGUUCGUUGUGAGAGUCUUAAUGAGGCCAAGAGCAAGGUUUUAAGCUACUAUCCUGGAGCAUGGAUUGGGAACACAGGUGGCAUGAAACUUAGUGACUAUGAUGUGCCAGAAACAACAACACUUGUUUUGAUUGGUCCAAAAGGGUGUGGAAAAAGCAGUCUUGUCAACAGGAUUUCAAGGGCACUUGAAGAUGACAAGUUUGCACCCGAAAGAGCUCAAGUAUCAUAUAAUUCAUCUGUUGGAGAUGGUACCUGCUUUCUCCAAGAAUAUAUGGUCCCCAGAGGUUCAACUUCUUUCUGCCUUUAUGAUACCCGAAGUUUGUCUGAUAACCCAUCUGAUAACAUUGAUACAAUAACAAAUUGGAUGACCAAAGGUGUUUGUCAUGGGGAACUUGUUUUGAGGAAAUCAGAUGUACCAAGUUUAAGGAGUAUAAUGAAGUGUAAAACUCGAGAGAAAAAUUGUUUGUCCACUAAGAUCCGGAUGGUUAAUUUUGUCAUUUUUGUUGUUGAUGGGGUUGCUGUGUUGAAAUCUAUGGAGGGUGAUGGCAAUGGAAUGACACGGUACAUGCAGACAAUUACUAGAGCAUUUAAAUGUCCAUGCUUGUCAUUAAAAGAUGAUAAACCCGUUGUAGUGGUCACCCAUGGUGAUUUACUUUCACUUGCUGACCGUGUCCGGGUCCGUGUCCAUUUGGGAGAGCUGCUGGGUAUUCCUCCUGUAAAACAAAUUUUUGACAUUCCAGGAAAUUUGGAUGCAGCAACAGAGUUGGCAAUAGUUGACAUGUUGCGCUAUUCACUUGAGCAUGCAGAUCGACAUAUUCCUUUGAGAAAUGCUGAAUCAUCUUAUCAGAUAAUUCAGCAAGAAAGGAAUCCUCACAAUAGGUUAGAAGAGGAAAAGAAAAUUGAUGAGGAUAACAUCAUGUUUGGUAUCUUUGUACUUCUUAUUGUCAUUGUUGCGGUGGUGAUGGCUGUGUUUUUAGUCCAAGAUGAAACAGAGCCGCAAGUUGAUUGGCAUGCUAUCAGGCACAUAUGGUAGCCUCUUAUCUAUGAAAAACAAUAAUAUCUUAAAUGAUUUCAUGAGUGUAUGUAGUUUUUGGUUUAUGACUUCUGCAUGUGGAGCUUGCCUUCUUUAAAUGAAAGUAACUUUAUGUACUCGUGUCAGGACUCCAGUUGUACAGGCACUUUAUCAAUCGAUUGCUCAUCACUAUGUAAUUUCAGUUGACUGUAGAUUUUAAAUUUCUACUAUCAUUGACAGUUUUGUGCUGAAUAUUUUGUGCCUUAUUCUGUACCACUCCGAAGCAUCAGAAAAUACCAU